GCUGAAAGUUUCGCUCAGUUGCAAAAUAUUAACUGCGUAGAUGAUUUACGAGGUUGAGAGGUUUGAUUUUCAAGUAUAUUCAAAGCAGCUGGAGGAAGUAUAAGACAGUGAAACUGUCCUCGUUGGUUGGACUGUCCCAAGUUGAACGAAAAUUUACGUGGUCGAUAUGGUCUCCUAAGUUCUGCGUUGGAUGACAAAACUGUAUUCUACAAGAUGCCUCUCCGCCCGGAAUAUCGCGUUAUGAUGUACUGUUUGGGGUUUUAUUUCCUCUACACUGGCCUGAGAUCAGGGGAGGUUGGUGCGACGCCGAUCCCUCCCACGCCAACCAUUGACGUGUUGAAGGACGCUCCGAAAGAUUACAAAAAAGACUGCCACAAAGACCAGAAGUUGCCAUGGAACGCCCCAGACAACUACCUCGACUGCAAGAAGGACUUCAAGAUGCGUCAGGAUAACAAACUCGACUGUUGUAUCGUUGAUAAAGACACGCCGACCAUGUCUUGGAACUGCUGUAACCCAGAUGACAAAUUUCCUGGCGAUGCCAACAUCAUCUGGUCGUUGAUGGGUAUCAUUGGUGGGAUCCUCAUCAUCGGCACGUGGCUCUACAACUGGUUCAACAAGGAUUCCUUCCCCUGUCUUACCCCGUACCAGGACCGCAUCGACGAGGUCAGAGAAAAGGUCAUGUUCUACCUAACGUGCAUGUGUUUGAGGAAAAAUAAGGAAGAGGAUGCGUUUGUGAAGGCGGGAGAACCACGCAGGAACGAAGACGGGUUAGAGGAGACUGGACGCAUUCCUGAAGACGACUUCAACGAGUAUUAUUAUUCUAAUGCCGUUUAUUAGGCCUACAGUUUAGAACUGGACACUUAUAGAUUCAAUCACAUUCACAAUAUUGAUGGGAUACUCACAAUAGAUUGAGAAGAGAUUGCACUUUCUUUGAAUUAUUACAACUUAUCUGGAAUCUCAUUUGGAUGUCGCAAUCCUUAAAAGCCAAUAGGAGGAACAUUUAGCAAUAACAUAU